AUGGGACGUCGCCCUGGCAAGGGCAAGGGGGGCAAGGGCGCGGGCGGAGCUGGAGGGGGCGGUGGCGGUGGCGGCGGAGGCGGCGGAGGGAGUGGGGGUGGCGGCGGGAGUAGUGGUAGUGGUGGUGGUGGUGGUGGCAGCAGCGGCGGAGACGGUGGUGGUGGUGGCACCGGUGGUGGUGGAGGCAGCAGCGGGAGUGGAGGCGGUGGAGGUGGAGGCGGUGGAGGUGGAGGCGGUGGAGGCGGCGGCGGAGGAGGCGGUGGUGGUGGAGGAGGUGGAGCUGGUCGUGGUGGUACCCAGCAGCGGAGCGGCGGUGGUGGUGGCCAGCGCUCGCAGCGGCAGCAGCAGCAGCGUUCGCGGGACAUCCCUCCGCCUCAGCAGCUUCGUGAGUGGUACACUGCGCGUCAGAGGGGUGGGGGUACUGGUCCCUGCGCCUACGUUCUUCGUUCCGGCGACCGCGCGGGUGAGCAGUGUGGGGGUGCCCACUCCACCCAGCGCUGCUUUGGCCGCCUGACGGACGCUUGGCGUCAGCAGUUCCCCGGGGCUAGUGAGAUCCCUCGCUGGGAUGAGCUCCUUAGGGCUGGUGUAGCGAUCUUUGAUCUUGAUUUUGAUGCUAUCCUUUCUGCUAUGUAUGCUGUGACUUAUAGUGAGGAGAAUGAGGGUUACCGGUGUUUCCAGCCCGACCCGGGCAUUGGUACUGCUGCCCUAGGUACUUGUGAGGCUGCUGCUCUAGGUGCCAGUGCGUCUGCGCUCUCAGGUACUAGUGAGACUGAGCUCUCAGGUGCUGGUGAGACUGCGCUCUCAGGUACUGCGUCGCCCUCGUCCUCCCUCACUUUCACACUUGACUCUGGGGCUUCUCGCUCCUUCUUUCGAGACCGCACUACCCUCACGCCACUUGGCCGACCGGUUGCGGUCUCCCUUGCUGACCCCUCUGGGGGUCCUGUCCUGUCUCACUUCUCCACUGUCCUCCCGUGUCCAGCUGCCCCUUCGGGCACCCUGUCUGGUCUGUACCUUACAUCGUUCUCUACGAACUUGGUGAGUGGUGCGGACCUACAGGAUGCGGGGGUUCACCAGUUCACUCCUGCGAGGCGGCGGGUGACCCACUGCACGGACGCAGACACAGGCCGACACCUGGCCACCUUUUCGCGUCGGCCGGGGUCGAGUCUCUACACCCUGACCACUUCGUCUCCUCCUGUCCCUGUGUCUGGUCAGGUAGCUGCGUCAGGUCAGGUGUUUGCUGCUGCGUCCCGGUCAGGUCCUGAGUCUGCCCCCUGUUCCUGUCGCCUCCUGUCUCACGAGACUCUCCUGUGGCACCACCGUCUAGGCCACCCCUCCUUGGCUCGUCUUCGGAGCAUGGCUUCCCGUGUCCUUGUCUCUGGUCUUCCCCGGUCUCUCCCUCCUCCCCCCCCCGGGCCAGGGCCUUCCUGUGUCCCCUGUGUCGAGGGUCGCCUCCGGGCUACUCCUCACUCUUCCCACUUCCCCCCGACAGAGGCUCCGCUGCAGACGCUUCACAUGGAUGUGUGGGGCCCGGCCCCCGUCCGUGGGCAGGGUUACGAGCGCUACUUCCUGUUGGUGGUUGACGACUACUCGCGUUACACCACAGUCCUCCCCUUGCGCAGCAAGGGUGCUGUCACUGAGGUGCUGAUCGACUGGAUCCGCGAGGCUCGUCUCCAGCUCAGGAAGAGCUUCGGCUCUGACUUUCCUGUUCUGCGUCUGCACUCGGACAGAGGCGGAGAGUUCUCCUCUCGCCUUCUGCGAGACUACUGUCGUGCACGGGGGAUCCGCCAGACCUUCACGCUUCCGGACUCACCACAGCAAAAUGGGAUUGCUGAGCGCCGCAUUGGCAUGGUCAUGGAUGUCGCUCGUACGUCCAUGAUGCAUGCGGCUGCCCCCCAUUUUCUGUGGCCGUUUGCGGUGAGGUACGCGGCGCAUCAGCUCAACCUUCACCCGCGGGUCUCUAGGCCUGCGAUGUCCCCAGCCUUGCUGUGGACGGGGAAGGUUGGCGAUGCGUCUGUGUUUCGUGUCUGGGGAUCUCGGGCGUUUGUCCGCGACUUGUCUGCGGACAAGCUGUCCCCUCGUGCUGCUCCCUGUGUCUUCCUUGGCUUCCCCACUGACGCCCCAGGGUGGCAGUUCUACCACCCCUCCUCUCGUCGUGUUCUGUCCUCCCUGGACGUCACGUUCGACGAGUCGGUCCCCUUCUACCGUCUCUUCCCCUACCGCACCCCUUCCCUCCCCCCUCCCCCGGACUUCCUUGUGCCGGUUCCCCCCCCGGUAGACCCCCUUCCCCCUCAGGUUCCUGCUCCCUCAGGUGUGUCCCAGGUAGACGCCGUUGACCCGGUCGAGGUUACUGGUGACUCUGGUGCUGCUGCGGGUGCUGAGCCUGGGGGUGCUGACUCUGGGGGUGCUGUCCGCGGGGGUGCUGAGCCUGGAGGAGCUGCUGCUGGGGGUCCUGAGCCUGGGGGUGCUAGUGCGGAGGGUGCGGAGCCUAGGAGUGCUGCGCCGGGGGGUACUGUCACUGGAGGUGCUGGGUCUGGGGGUGCUGUGUCGGGAGCUGCUGAGCCUGGGGGUGCUGAGUUGGGAGCUGCUGCGCCUGGGGGUGCUGUGUCUGGAGCUGCUGAGCCUGGGGGUGCUGCGUCUGGAGCUACUGCGCCUGGGGUUUCUCCUGCUUCUCAGCCUCCCCGGGAGCCUCUCUCUCCACAGGAGCUGCGCGAGUGGUUCGCUCGUCAUUGGAGGCGUGCUGCUGAGUCUGGGGGUGCUGCUGGAGCUGGAGCUGGACCUUCUUCGACUGACGAGGGUGCUGGUGCUGCCGGUCCCGGAGCUGCUGGGCCUGCGGGUCCUCUUGGGGCUGGCGCUGCUGAGGGUGUUGGUGCUGAGACUGCUGCUGUUGGUCCUGCUGCUGGAGGAGUUGGUGGCCCUGGUGCUGUCGCUGAGGGUGCUGGAGCUGUCCCUGCUGCGCCUGGAGCUGCUGAGCGGCCUCGACCGUACUUCGUUCCGCUACUGCAGCAGGUUCUUGGUCUUUCUCCUCCGGUAGAGAGUCCACCGCCUGUCCAGUCGCAGUCCCUGCUGGAGCCUUCCUCUCCGCUACCUGCUCCCUCUCCUUACACUGGUCCUACUGGAGGUCUUGCUGAGCGUCGUGAGCCUGCGUCUCGUCCUGCGUCGCCUGUUCGUCCUGCUCGCGCUGCUGGUCGCGGUUCACGUCAGCGUCCUCCUCCUGUCCCUGGCACGCACCAGAUGUCUUUGCGUCCGUCCACUGCUCCUCUGCGUGCCCCUUUGCCUUCUCCUCCUGCGUCCUCUCUUCCUGCGCUUGCCGACCCUGCGUCGGACUCUCUGCGUGCUGCCAGUCCUACUGUAACGCGUUUCCUUGCUACUGUGGUCACUGACCCUUCUUUCGAGUCUUCUGCUGCGUCUGCCCUACUCACUGAGCUUUGUGCUCUUGGCACGGACGUCCUAGAGGACAGGCAGGAGGAGUUACAGUGUCUAGCGGCUGCUUCACCUCAUCUCGCGUCUGUACUGCUUGCCCCUGAGGGAGACCCGGAUGCACUAGACAUCCCGACUCCGCGUUCUUACGCGGAGGCUGUAGAGGGUCCCUACUCCUCUCAGUGGCAGGCAGCUAUGGAUGCAGAGAUGGCUUCCUGGAAGUCCACAGGCACCUACGUUGACGCAGUUCCCCCUCCUGGGGCGAACAUCGUCAGUGGCAUGUGGAUCUUCAGGGUGAAGCGGCCGCCGGGCUCUCCGCCUGUCUUCAAGGCGCGUUACGUCGCUCGUGGCUUCAGUCAGCGGCAGGGAGUUGACUACUUUCAGACCUUCUCUCCCACCCCGAAGAUGACUACUCUUCGGGUACUGCUGCACGUUGCCGCUCAGCGCGACUACGAGCUUCACUCUCUCGACUUCAGCACUGCGUUCCUGCAGGGUAGCCUGCACGAGGAGAUCUGGCUGCGCCGUCCGCCUGGCUUCACUGGGACUUUCCCUCCUGGCACCCAGUGGAGCCUUCGACGGCCAGUCUACGGUCUCCGCCAGGCACCGCGUGAGUGGCACGACACACUGAGGACUACACUUGCGGCUCUUGGGUUUGCUCCUUCCACUGCUGACCCGUCGCUGUUUCUUCGCACCGACACUUCCUUGCCGCCGUUCUACAUCCUCGUGUACGUCGACGACUUGGUCUUUGCCACAGCGGACACUGCUGGACUCGCCUACGUGAAGUCCGAGCUGCUGAAGAGACACACGUGCACAGACCUGGGUGAACUGCGCAGCUACCUUGGCUUGCAGAUCACUCGGGACAGAGCACGCCGCACCAUUACCCUGACUCAGUCACACAUGGUGCAGCAGGUCCUUCAGCGCUUCGGCUUCACGUACUCCUCGCCUCAGGCCACUCCUCUGCCUACUCGCCACUCGCUCUCAGCUCUGCCUUCGGAUGAGUCCGUAGAGUCGAGUGGCCCGUAUGCAGAGCUUGUUGGCUGCCUCAUGUACCUGAUGACCUGCACACGACCUGACCUUGCAUACCCUCUGAGCAUCCUUGCACGCUAUGUUGCUCCUGGGAGACACCGACCUGAGCACAUGGCUGCAGCGAAGAGGGUAUUGCGCUACCUGUGCAGUACGUCGGGCAUGGGGCUAGUGCUUGGAGGGCGGAGUCCAGUGGUCCUUACGGGCCACGCGGACGCUUCUUGGGCUGACGACCAGGCUACGCAGCGGUCAUCACAGGGUUACACCUUCAGUCUUGGUUCCGGCUCUGUCUCGUGGCGGUCUACUCGCUCGUCUUCGGUUCUCGGCUCCAGUUGUGAGGCUGAGAUCUACGCCGGGGCCAUGGCUGCGCAGGAGCUUCGCUGGCUCACCUACCUGCUGACUGACCUUGGAGAGCCGCCUCGUUCUCCUCCAGUGCUAUACGUAGACAACAAGGCCAUGCUGGCCUUGUGUCGAGAGCAGCGUCUGGAGCACAGAACGAAGCACAUUGCUCUCCGCUACUUCCUUGCUCGUGAGCUGCAGCAGCGUGGUCAGCUGCGACUUGCGUACGUGGCCUUUGAGGCCAACACUGCUGAUGUGUUCACCAAGGCACUCGCGCCUUGUGUCCAUCAGCGCUUCUGUACCCAGCUGGGUCUUGUGCCUGUCUUGCCUCACUUGCUCUCUUCCUGA